AUGACAGCCGGAACAGUGGUCAUCACAGGUGGAAUCAUAGCUGCAGUCAUCUUACUGACUAUUGUUACAGUACUGUGUUGCUGUAGGCUGCAGUAUUACUGUUGUAAGAGUGAUGGGUCAGAGGAGGAGGAAGAGGAGGAGGAGCCUGACUUCACCAAAUCCUUGCCCAGUCCAGCACAUCACUCAAACCCCACAAACCCUCCGUGUUCUCCACAACCACAGAGCCCUCAGAGUCCUCCAAGUUUUCUGACUUCACCAAGCCCAUUGAGUAUAAUAUCUCUUCCAGAACCCUCAUCCUCUAAGCAGCUUCUCACAACCUCACAGCUUCACAAGCUCAAUGGGCCAGCAGUCUGCAGACACUAUAGCCCUGCUCUGUCCCCGGCUCCCAUACGCUCCUACAUGUUCUGCCCCACAUGCUCUGGCCUACUGCCCUUCUACCUGCCUCGAGAGCAGGGAGUAAGGAAUGGUGGAGGAAAGAUCAGCUAUAGGAGCUUAGAGCAGCAAGAAGUAGACCUGCCUAUGGACAUAUCCAGCUUUAACAAGCUUAACCUCAUACGUUCUAUCACCAUGAGGGAGGUGGUGACACACCAGAGCAUCAGUACUGAUGUGUAA